GCAUCUAUCUAUGUUCAGCAGCAUUCACACUUGUUGAAAAAGUAAAGAGAUAAUCACAAUGGUGGAGUGGUCAGAUUCCGAGCGCAAUACUAUUGCGAGUGUCUGGGGCAAAAUUAACGUCGGUGAAAUCGGACCCCAGGCUCUGGCAAGGGUGCUGAUUGUAUAUCCCUGGACUCAGAGGUAUUUCGGUUCCUUUGGAAACCUAUCCAGUGCGGCUGCAAUCCUGGGCAAUCCCAAGGUGUCAAACCAUGGGAAAACUGUGCUAAAUGCGUUGGAAAAAGCUGUGAAGAACUUGGAUGGCAUCAAAGGCACUUACUCUUAGCUCAGCCAGCUGUACU